AUGGCUUCUGCAGCCGCAACAGCACUCGUGAGCUGGGGGUUUCUGGAUUACAAGACAGAGAAGUGGGCCCUCUUGGCCAAAAAAGGCUACCAGGAAUGGGACAUAGACCCCCAGAUUUCGGUCAUCACCAAACUCAAGGGGGUUUCUGUAACCCAGGUUACAGAGCUGGAGAGCCGGCUGUGGGAUGUGGCUGACUUUGUGAAGCCAUCACAGGGAGAGAACGUGUUCUUCCUGGUAACCAACUUCCUUGUGACACCAGCUCAAGUCCAGGGCAGAUGUCCAGAGCAUCCUUCCGUUCCUCUGGCUAACUGCUGGGCUGAUGAAGACUGUCCUGAAGGGGAGACAGGGACAUACAGCCAUGGCACAAAGACUGGUCAGUGUGUAGUGUUCAAUGGAACCCACAGGACCUGUGAGAUCUGGAGCUGGUGCCCAGUGGAGAGUGGUGCUGUGCCCAGGAAGCCCCUGCUAGUUCAGGCCAAGAACUUCACACUCUUCAUCAAAAAUACUGUAACCUUCAGCAAAUUCAACUUCUCCAGAACCAAUGCCUUAGAUACCUGGGACAACACCUAUUUCAAGCAUUGUCUCUAUGAUCCACUCUCCAGUCCGUACUGCCCAGUGUUCCGCAUCGGGGACCUUGUGGCCAUGGCUGGAGGGGACUUUGAGGACCUGGCAUUGCUGGGUGGUGCUGUGGGCAUCAGCGUCCACUGGGAUUGCAAUCUGGACAUGAAAGGCUCUGACUGCUGUCCCCAGUACUCUUUCCAGCUGCAGGAGAAGAGGUACAAUUUCAGAACAGCCAAUCACUGGUGGGCAGCCUCAGGCGUGGAGGCCCGGAGCCUGCUGAAGCUCUAUGGGAUCCGUUUUGACAUUCUUGUCACUGGGCAGGCAGGGAAGUUUGCGCUCAUCCCUACGGCCAUCACACUGGGCACAGGAGCAGCUUGGCUGGGCGUGGUCACCUUCCUCUGUGACCUGCUGCUAUUGUAUGUGGAUAGAGAGGCCAGUUUCUACUGGAGGACCAAGUAUGAAGAGGCAAGAGCCCCGAAGGCAACUACCAACAAUGACUGA